GCUCAUCGGGCCGGCGGAAGGUAUAAAGUGACCUCCCCGAGGAAGACGAGCGUCUUCAACGCGCGCGGGGAGAAAGGUGAUUAGGCUCGGCUCUCGGCGUCGUCGUCUAACAAAGCGCUGUCCGGGAAGAAGCCUGACGCUCCUCCUCCUCACGUCGGGCGCGCAACUGGGGGCCCUCCCCCGUCCUACAUUCCCGAGCGCUCCGCUGCGGAGACCAUAGGUGGCUACCUCCCCUCCGCGGCCUGCGGGGGGGAAGAGGAUGGAAAUACCUUUCUACCAUGAUGAUGUGUUGAGCGCUCUGGCAGCAUCGACGACAGCGCUUUCCUCCCGAAGCAGCAACUUCCAGCAGCCUUUUUUCGACGGCACCAUGAUGAAAAAAGACGGCUUGGCCUUGGCCCUGAGCGAUCAGGUGGUGUCUGGCCUGAAGGCGCCCUCCGGCCAUGCCGCCCCUUCCGCGCAGCAGCAACAGCCGCCGCCGCCGCCAGGGGAAAACCAGACGCUUCUGACUUCCCCGGAUCUGGGCCUUCUUAAGUUGGCCUCGCCGGAGCUGGAGCGCCUGAUCAUCCAGUCGAACGGCUUGGUGACGACGACGCCGACCAGCGGCGGCACCCAGUUCCACUUUCCCAAAGGCGGCGGCGGUGGCGGCGCCCCCGACGAGCAGGAAUUUGCUGCCGGCUUUGUGAAAGCCUUGGAGGACCUGCACAACCAGAACCAGCUGGGGAACGCGGGCCCGGUCGGCGGGGAGCUGCCGCCAACAGCCAGCCUGGCCCAGCAGCAGCAGCCGCCGCCGCCGCCUCCGCCUGUCGAGCCUCCGGUGUACGCCAACCUGAGCACGUUCUCCGGCGCGGCCGGCUUUUCGUCCGAGGGGGCUUACCAGGCGCACCCUCGGCUGCAGCCGCCGCCGUCGCUCAAGGACGAGCCUCAGAUCGUGCCGGAGGUGGCGAGCUUCGGCGACAGCCCGCCCCUGUCGCCCAUCGACAUGGACACGCAGGAGCGCAUCAAGGCAGAGCGCAAGCGGCUGCGCAACCGCAUCGCGGCCUCCAAGUGUCGGCGGCGGAAGCUGGAGCGCAUCUCCCGCCUGGAAGAAAAAGUCAAGAGCCUCAAGAACCAGAACACCGAACUGGCCUCGACGGCCAACCUCCUUCGGGAGCAGGUGGCGCAGCUCAAGCAGAAAGUGCUCAGCCACGUCAACAGCGGCUGCCAGCUCCUACCGCAGCAGCAGCAGCAGCCCCACCAGGUCCCGGCCUACUGAAGGGCCCCUCGGCAGGGAAAGGAGGGGACCCACCCGAGGCCCUCCGACGACGCGCCUCGACGACCCGCCAGAGGGAGGCACCCCCGUCCUCAGCAGGCGCGCUCUCCGUGCUGGGGAGGCGUCGCGAACCGAGGAGAGACGCGGGGGAACACCCCCCCCCCCCCCCGCGCCCUUCCGCUUCCACCCCGAAGCGCAACCUGCGAACUUGGCCACUUCGAGGAGAGUGCACCCCCGCCACUCAUGCAUUCGCACGUUGGACAGGACCUUCAUACGAGUUCGAGGGAAGUUUGGGGGGGGGGGGGUUAAAAGGACGCUGGGGGAAGCCUUUUCAUGGCCCUCCCAAACUGGGUGCAACAACAUAUGGACGCAGCCGUAGUGUUGCUAACUAGGACUUCCUGGGCGACAAAGGGAAGAAAGAAUCGGGGUCUGAAAGGGGGCGGGGCAUCGCUAGUCUUGUGCCUUUGAACUCUGGAUACCCUUCCUUUAUGGGAUUUUUUUUUUUAAAGUGACAGGAUCUCAGAGGUGGAGUGGUUGGAGAGCCUAGACUGGCUCCUCCUCAACUAGCCACCGAUCUCAGUCCUUGGGAUUUGCCAUAGACUUUGGACUGAACUUUGCCCAGACAGGCUUUGGUCUCUUUCCUCUUCCCAUGGCAGCAUUUCCUUUUUCUCCCUUACCAUAUUUAUGUUAAUAUUGGCUCCUGCUC